AUGAAAGAAGACUGGAAGCUCCUGAACAUAUUUAUUGGAGGAAACGACAUGUGCGGAUAUUGCCAUAACCCGAACGAUGCCCCCGAAAAGUGCGUUCAGCACAUAUCGGAUACUAUCCAGAUUAUUUACGAUCAUGUACCACGCGUCAUCGUUUCCCUAACAGUUAUGCUACACCUCGAGGUUCUACGUCUAACUGAUUCUGGACAUUUUUUCUGCACAGAACUUCACACUGACGAGUGUGGAUGCGAAAGCGACAAGUCGUACAACAACACUUAUUUGGCUAAUGCUUGCGUUGACUAUGCAAAUCGCGAAAUAGCUCUCGGAAACUCGGGCAAAUUUGACAAGGACGAUUUCACUCUGGUUGUGCAGCCUUUCUUCAGAGAUAUCGUUACACCACCAAUGAAGAAUGGGCAAAUAAACAUGGGCUUCUUCGCUCCCGAUUGCUUCCACUUUUCCCAAUUUGGACAUGCUAUCGUAUCAACCUGGUUGUGGAAGAACAUCCUUGAACCAGUUGGCGCAAAAACUACGCAAGGAAGCCUUACAGAUGCGGCUUUACCGCUCGCAUGUCCAGAUCCG